AUGCCGGUCGAUACAAAAAGAGUGCGGGGUCCGGAAGAAUCACAGUCUCCUUUGCUUUUUAUCCCUGAAAGCGCUAAGAAAGUAUUCUCGAAGGAAAGUCGAGGGGAUGGCCGACAGCGAGGGCAGACAGACGUGCGGCCGGUAUUCGCACGAUGCGGUCUGGUCAGCCAAGCCAAGGGGUCUGCGUACAUAGAAGCGGGGAACACGAAACUGAUCUGUUCAGUGUACGGCCCUCGGGAAACCGAGAGAAAGGACGAGACGGAUAUGAAUUCAGGGCGGCUGUUAUGUGACUUUAGAUUAGCCCCGUUCUCCUGCCAGAAGAGGGGCGCGUGGAUCCAGGGCAGUGAGGAGAAGGACCUGUCCCAUGCCUUGCUGGAGGGCCUGCGGCCAGGGGUGUGCCUGCACAAGUAUCCGCGCUCGCAGAUAGAAGUCAACGUGAUGAUCCUGGAAAACGACGGCUCAGUUCUUGCCCACGCGGUUACCUGUGCUUCCAUGGCGCUCGCUGACGCCGGUAUCGAGAUGUACGACCUGGUACUAGGUUGCUCGCUCCGACAGGACGGAGACACCUAUCUUAUCGACCCUACUUUUCCAGAGGAGAGCGGCAGCUGGGUCACCAGCAACGGGGAAAACCAGGGCAGCGUUACGGUGGCGCUGUUGCCCACUCUGAACCAGGUGUCAGGCUUGCAGUCAGACGGGGAGAUGAGAGAGGACACGCUGGUUGAAGCCGUGCGCGUCUGCAUCGAGGGAUGCCACAAGCUGUAUCCAGUUGUCCAGCAAGCCUUGAUCAAGUCCGUGCGUAGAAAGGCACCACCACCUGAGAACUGACAGGCUUGUUUUGGACUCGCUUGCUUGCGCGUUUUUAUAUAAAUUCAAUGCUUCACAUUUGAUGUUUAAUAUGCUUUUGUUAAUAAAUAAUACAUGGACGUUGUA